CACUAGUUAGCUAUCACUUGAGUAAGUGAUUGCAUUUUAUUUUUAAAGUACCUAACAAAAUGUGAAGAGUAUCUAUUUAUUUCUCACACAGAAUAACUUCAGUUAGUGUUAAAUUAAAGUGCAUAAUGGUUAAUGACGUUGAAAAUUGCGAUCUUUUUAAAAAUAAAUUGAUAAUAAUUAACGAUGCUAUUGGGCGGACGGGUUGAAAAUUGGAUAGCGUUGGGCACAAUGAAGAUUCUUUUAGUGUUCACAGUGGUGUAUUUUUUGCACUGCCAAGGUACUUCAGUGGUACGAACUGAGGAAGGAAUAGAGUACAACCAUCGGCCUAUCAUUGGUAUACUAGCUCAAGAGCAGUCGUAUAGUUUGAAGGACAAAUAUCCUGAGAAUUUCACGAGUUAUAUUGCCGCGUCGUAUGUGAAAGAUGUGGAGGCGUCUGGAGCUAGGGUGGUGCCAGUAAUGAUCGGAAAAGACAGAAGUUAUUAUGAGAAUCUCCUGAACAAAAUCAAUGGAGUAUUAUUCCCUGGGGGAGCUACAUACUUCAACCAAUCAGAUGGCUACGCAGACGCGGGUCAGCAUAUUUACCAAAUAGCUGAGGAGCUGAACAGCCAUGGAGACUAUUUCCCGGUGUUUGGUACAUGUCUUGGUUACGAGCUGCUCAUCAUACUAGCGUCUGGCAGAGGCAAAGUGGAGAACAGGGAGCAUUGCCGGUCUUAUGGCAACAUGCCUCUAUAUUUUACUGAUGAUUUUCGGGAUAGCAAAAUGUUCAGAAAAGCGCAAGAAGACGUGGUUACUUCUUUGGCCAAUGAAAACAUCACAGUUAACUAUCACCAAUUUUGCAUAAUGGAUAAGAAUAUGGAGGCUUACAACUUGACUAAAGACUGGCGCGUCACUUCUCACUCGAACGAUGAUCGUGGAAUCAAAUUUAUCGCUUCUGUUGAACACAAAAGGUAUCCCUUUUACGGAGUCCAGUUCCAUCCAGAGAAAGUUCCCUUCGAGUGGAGUAAGAACUAUCCUCGAUCAUACAAAGCGCUGAAAGCGAAUAGACAUUUCAUGGAUUUCUUUGUAUCGGAAUGUCGGAGGAACCUUCAUACGUUUGCCACGGAGACAGAAGAGAAUCAACAUUUGAUAUAUAAUUACCAACCAAGAUUUACAGGACUAGUGGGUAGUUCCUAUGAACAAUGCUAUUUUUUCGAACCUAGGUCAACUGCCAAAUUGUGAUAAAUAGAUCUAAGUAUUUAGAAAAUGAAAGUCUAAAAUAUUUUUUCCGUCAGUUCUGAACUUGUUAUUUUUAUAGAUUUUUUAAGUAAUAGUCAGUAGAUUUUUUCAAUAGGUUUCAUCAAAAUAGUUUAAAAGCAAACCAAAAAUUUGUGAUAAAAAUGUAUUUAUAUGAUGAAGUGUAACAAAACUUUUUUAAUACACCACACAAAGCUAACAGUUAUUUUUAUGAGCCCAAACUGCCGUUCUUCUGAUGAUCAGGAACUGUGUAGUCAUAGUCCAUUGGUGGUUUACACGUUACAUGGGUAACGUUCCCGUGCAAGUGCGGAGUAAAAACCUGAUUUACCCAAACCAGGAUUAUCGUCAUCGGCGGAGCCUGGUACCUCUUAAGAAACGUGAGGAAUGACAAUGAUGACUGUCCCGUUGCUGGGCAAAGACCUCCUUUUUUGCACUUUUAUUCCCUUGGAAAAGACCCUCCGAUUCUGCUCUAUCCCGCCAGAUCGCCAUUUUGCUCUUGGACCGCCUCUAUUUUUCAUCUUUACCAAUUUUGGUAAAUUAAUUAUUAUACUUUAGAAAUGUUAGUUUAAUAAUUGCUGAAAUGGAAUGGAAAAACUAGAUAAGAAAUUUAGUAAAAUUUA